AUGACGGGUAGCCAACCUGUGCCAGAAGUUCUAAAAUCUAAAAAUAUCUUUCUUCCAUCUAGUUCUACUUGUAAAACUAUGGGUUUUCGGUUGCCGAGAAUUAUUAAUGCUAAGGCUAGUCUAAAACGGAGUCUUUCAUCUUCGGAGCCCACGGUAUCGGUGCUGAAAGGCCACUUUUUUGUUUAUGUUGGAGAAGCUGAAAAGAAGAGAUUUGUUGUGCCGAUUUCAUUCCUCAACCAUCCUUCCUUCCAAAAUUUGUUGAGUCAAGCCGAAGAAGAGUACGGAUUUGAUCAUCCUAUGGGCGCUUUGACGAUCCCUUGCACCGAAGAAGCUUUCGUUGAUCUCAUUGGAUUUUGCAUGGCAGAAAACCACAAGAGAUUUGCGACACCAGUAUCAUACUUGAACAACCCUUCAUUUCAAGAGUUACUGAGUCUAUCCAAAGAAGCAUUCGGAUACGGUCAUCCGACCGGCCAUCUGAGAAUUCCAUACGGUGAAGACAUUUUUGUUGAUCCUACUUCUAGCUUGAACGGGAUUGACAUUUGA